AUGGAGGCUGAGCCUGCGCUGUACCCGGUGGCGGGAGCCUUGGGCCCUUCGGGGGAGGAGGCCGGAGCCGGGGGCCCCGACGGGGUCCUGCCGGAGGGCCCCGAGCUGGACGAGUUUGUGGGCGCCUAUCCGGACUACAACGAGGAGGAGGAGGAGCACCGGUACUACCGCAGGAAGAGACUCGGCGUGAUCAAGAACGUGGUGGCUGCCAGCCUCGGGGCGAUGCUCACCUACAGCGUGUACCUGGGGCUCCUGGAGAUGCAGAUGAUCCUCCACUACGAUGAGACCUACCGAGAGGUGAAAUAUGGGAGCAUGGGGCUCCCCGACAUCGACGACAAGAUGCUGAUGGGCAUCAACGUCACCCCGGUGGUGGCCCUGCUCUACACGCCUGUGCUCAUCAGGUUCUUUGGCACCAAGUGGGUGAUGUUCCUGGCUGUGGGCAUCUAUGCCCUCUUUGUCUCCACCAACUACUGGGAGCGAUACUACACACUGGUGCCCUCUUCCGUUGCCCUGGGUGUGGCCAUUGUGCCCCUCUGGGCCUCCCUAGGGAACUACAUCACCCGGAUGUCGCAGAAAUACUACGAGUACGUGAAUUACAAGGAGGAGCAUGUGGAAGAGCAGAAGCGGCCCCCAAGGGGGGCCCACACCCCCUAUCUUGUUAUCUUCCAGACCAUCUUCUAUAGCUUCUUCCAUCUCAGUUUUGCCUGUGCCCAGGGGCCCAUGAUCUUCUUCCUCAAUGGGUACUUGUAUGAAAUGAACCAUACCCUCUAUUACGUGCGUAACUGCGGCACCGACAGCCGCGGGAUCCUUGUGGGCUUCAACAAGACUGUGCUUCAGUCCCUGCCCCGCAGCCGGAACCUCAUCGUGGUGGAGAGUGUGCUCAUGUCCAUGGCCUUUCUGGCCAUGGUGCUGAUCCUGGCCCUGUGUGGCUCUGCCUACCGGCCCACGGAGGAGAUCGACCUGCGCAGCGUGGGCUGGGGAAACAUCUUCCAGCUCCCCUUCAAGCACAUGCGGGACUACAGGCUUCGGCACCUCUUCCCCUACUUCAUCUACACCGGCUUCGAGGUGCUUUUCAUGUGCACCGGCUUUACUCUGGGCUACGGGGUGUGCUCCAUGGGGCUCGAGCGUCUGGCUCCCAUCCUCAUCGCCUAUGGCCUCGGCGGGGCCGUCUCCUCCAGCCUUGGCCUCUUCCAGCUGUGCCUGCCCCGACAGGUGCCCCUGGUGGCCGGGCCCUCUGUCCACCUGCUGCUCAUCUUGGCCCUCUUUUUCUGGGCCCCCAAGCCAUGUGUCCUGAGCCACAGCUGGCUCUUCUACGCCGUGGCUGUGCUUUGGAGUGUGGGCAGUGCCCUCAACAAGAUCUCCAUCAGUGCACUCCUCGGGAUCCUGUAUGAAGACAAGGAGCGCCAGGACUUCGUGUUCACCAUCUAUCACUGGUGGCAGGCCCUCGCCAUCUUUGCCGUCUAUCUAGGCUUGAAACUGCCUAUGAAGGCCAAGCUGGCCAUCAUGCUGGUGACCAUCCUGGGGUCGCUGGGCUCCUACCUGUGGAUGGAGGCCAAGCUCAAGCAGCGGGUGGGCUACCGCCUGCCCCGGAUCCCGCGGCCCCAGCACAAGGUGUGCGGCUACCGUUACCUGGAAGACGACAACUCGGACGAGACGGGCUCGGAGAGCGAGCGGGACUCUGCCCACAGCCAAGCCAGCUCAGACAACGAGGAGGGGGACGGUGAGCCCCCCAGAGCGGGGGCAGCCGGGCCUGCCAAGAGGCGCUACCCCUACGAGCAGGCCCUGGAUGGGGAGGAUGCACCUGGGCAGGAGUAGCCUCCAGGAGGCUGCUGGGGCCCUUCCUGAGCUGCGCCCCCUCUGCCCCCGGCCCCUUCAUCCCCUCCCACCUCUGGCAUCCAAGCGGCACCAGGCUGGGUGUGCCCGUGUGCUUCAACCGCUUUAGUCCUGGGCUUCCCCAGCCUCGCUUAGCCCCUCUCUGCAAUGGGUGGUCUCUCAGAGGAGCCUCGGAUGCUGCCCACAUUAUCAGGAUCUCCUCUUUGGGGGAGGGCUCAGGCCGAGGAAGGGGCCGGGGGCAGAAGAGGAGAU